AUGCUUCUCGACGCAAAAUCCGAAUGGUCUGGCACUUUAGUUGUCUUAUUUCAAGCUGCGGAAGAGCUGGCAGUGGGUGCACGAGCUAUGAUCGAAGAUGGUCUUUACGAUCCAUCAAAGUUCGCUGUCCCCAAGCCAGAUAUAAUACUUGGACAACACACGCAUGCUUUCAAAGCUGGCAUGCUUGCUCUUGGAGGAGGUGCGAUCUUAACAGCAGUGGGUUUAUUCGAUGUGAGGAUUUUUGGGAAGAGUGGGCAUAUUUGUCGUGCAGACUUGUGUGUUGAUCCCGUUGUGACUGCCAGUCACAUCGUGGUGCGAUUGCAAAGUAUUGUCACAAAAGAAGUACGGCCAGAAGAAUUUGCGGUGAUUGGAUGUGCCAGUAUUCAUGGUGGUAGUACCGCAAACAUCAUCCCGGAUUUUGUGGAUCUGAAAAUUUCAAUCCGCUCAUACAAUCCAAGUAUUCACGAACGCUUAGUUGCAGCGGUCAAACGUGUUGUUUACUCAGAGUGCGAGAUUUCUGGUUCUCUAGCCAUAGGAGAACCGAUUUUUACAACGACUAUGCACGCGCCUCCCACCGUCAAUGAUUUUCCAGCGGUAGAAAUCCUAAAGAAAUCUUUCGGAGAUUAUUUUGGAAAGAACUUGAUUCCGGCUGAUCCUUUUGGUGCCAGUGAGGAUUUCUCGUACUUGGCGUUGGAGUGUGAUGCUCCUUAUGUUUUCUAUAACUUUGGUUGUGUCGAUGAGGAUAUUUGGGAAGACGCAAAGACUAAGGGAACCAUGGAGGACAUUCCCCAUAACCAUUCUGCAUUCUUUGCGCCAAAGAUCCAGCCAACAAUAACUACUGCUGUAGAUGCCUUCGCACUUGCGGCUUUGACAUUCUUUGAUAGAGGCGGAGUCAAAUGA